AUACAUUUCCAGGCAAUUGUGCAGGUGUAUUGAAAUAAAUAAAUUAAUAUUGAUUAACAAACAGCAAACGCCUUGUUACCAUAAUAUAUACAAUUAAAACAAAAUUUAAGCCAAGCACACAAAAGUUCCAAAACAACUACCGUUGCAGUAGCCAGUCGAUUUUUUCCUCACUGAACAGCAAAAAUUUAAUAUGAUUUGAAAAGUAGUACAACUGAUUUGAGAAAGUUAAUCGCUUCACAUUCAACGCAGCGCUAAUUGACUACCUUUAUUUCGAAUCGCAACCUGUCAAUUUGGCUUCAUCAUUUGCUAGAUUCCUUGAACAACAGAGCAAAAUAAUGAGGGAAACUGAUGGUCCACGGCUAAGGUACCGAGGGCACUGAGGUUUCUUCAACACAAGUUUGAAAACUACAUGGAUCGUAGAAAUGGCGGCGACAUUUUGGCGCCACCACGGCCCCCAAAGCACUUACCACGUGUACAUCGUCCUAGAGCACCCGAGCCAGAGACUAUGUUAAACGAAAUACAAAUGCAACAGGAGUGGCAGCAGCAACAGCAGCGGGAACAAGAGCAGCAGCAAAUGACGACGACGGCAGUGACAUCGGCAACAACGACGAGCACCGCAACACCGCAACGUACAAAUAGUAAUAACCAGCAGUUGCAGCAUAAUUUCAAUAGCAACAAUUUUCCAAGUCAAUAUAGUAUUACGGGCGUAGACCGGGGUGUUACUACGAGUGGUCAAAAUGAUAAUAUUGCUAUCGCUAAUACACUGAUGCAACCAGAAUACGAAGAUUACGAAAUCCAUCAUUUGACGAUACUGCCACAACGGCCAACCACCCUAAAUCUAAGCCGCAAUAACAGUCACGUAAGCAACACAUCUUCUUCGACGUCGUCGUCCUCCAUAAUCGCAGCAAAUACAUUUACACGGCGAAGGCAAUUACCGCCCACGCCAGGUGCUGCAGCACGACUACUUGUUAACAGCAAUACAAUCAGCAGCAACGCUCGAAGUCAGUCGAGCAAUAACAGUGGCCUAAGUGGUGGCAUCACUGGUUUACUCAGUCAUUUCCAUAGCACCGAACCAGCUGUUGCUGCAUCAGUCACGCUGGCUCAACCGCGACCCGAGUCCCAGAGGCUCACCAAUGAGUAUGUGGAUACUCCGUUCCGAAAUGCUGUAGGCAAUACGGUCAUACCGAAUCAGUUGCAGCUGCAACACGCUUCCCGUUCACAACAUCCAGCGGGACAGCACGAUGGCGGCCAAACGACAACGCAUCAUCUACUACUGUUGCCCCAGCGUGAAUUCCGUCUGCAACAACAUCAGCAUCAGCAACAGCAGCACCAACAUCAGCUACAUUCGAACCGCUUGGCGGGAACAGUGGGUUCGGCGAUCGUCACGACGGGUAUCGAUGGCACAGACGGCUUCUUACAUUCGAAUCAUAAUCACAAAACGCCCACGUCCACUGCAACAAUGACAACAACCUGCCCGCAUACCGGCAAGGUGAUUCCAGUCGCGCAGAAUGGAAAUAAUAGCGGCGGUUUAGGCAGCUUCACAAGCUCCCUAAAUACGGAACAGCCAUUUACGCCGGCAAUAACAAAACAACCCGCCUCAACGACAACCAACCAAACAUCGCACGUCGACAGCAGCAAUUGCAAAUUUGCUAAAGAUUUACCCGCAUUCGAUGACUUGCUAACCAUGCACAAUAUAGCGACAGGCAUCUCUACGCCACAAGGCAUGAUAUCCGCUGUACACGGUGCCAGUCCGCUUGGUACACCCAUUAUCAUUGGUGGCGACACAUCUUCCCUAAAUCAGAUCACCUGCCCACGAUGCGGUCAUUGUCGUUGCGAACAGUGCCAAAGUCCACCACACCUGCCGCAAACGUGGCUCUGCAACAAGACCUGCCUAUGCAGCGCCGAAUCAGUCAUCGAUUAUGUGUCGUGUUUAUGUUGCGCCAAGGCAUUAUUUUAUCAUUGCGCUCGCGACAAUGACAUGGACUGCGAUGACGGCUCCGGUACACCAUGCGUCGACAAUCCCUGCUCAUGUGGGCCCUAUAAACGUACACAACGCUGGGGUUGGCUGGGCGCACUAUCGCUUGUAUUACCCUGCCUUUGGUUAUAUUGGCCUAUGCGCGGUUGCGUAUCCUUCUGCGAAAAAUGCUACGGACGAAUUGUAGGUCGAGGUUGCCGUUGCCAACAAACAGAUUCACCAACCAACAUCAUACCAAUCUCGCAAUUGGGUCUAACUGGAAAUGGCAACAGUGGAACGGCAAGCAUUUUAAGCAGCAACAACGCUGGCACAGAUAUGAUAAAAUCGGCUGAAACACACCAUCAUCAUAAUCAUCAUCACCAUCACCAUCAUAUGCGAAAAGGCGAUCUGACGCCCAAGAAACGACUGCUCGAUUCGAAUGGCGAGUACUAAAAGAAAAUAGAGUAAUAAAUGAAAAUAGAACAUAUGAAUGUUAAGGAACAUGCCAUUUAACUAGCGUACUCCCGACUACAAGUUGGAUCGGGUUAGAAAAAGAACAAUAGGAACCACUGCAGGCGGUGGGUUGUGGCGCGUGCUAGGACUUAGAAAACGGGUAGGGAAGUAUGAGAGUUAUCUUUGGGCGGAGCGGUAGAAGUCCUAGUUCAGCUGAGUGCAAAUCACGUGAUUUCAGUGCUUAUUGCAAAACACAUUCAGCUUAUUAACGGCGCUAUCGAGCAACAGUAUUUUAAUGUACAAUGACUUGCAUUUAGAAUACAAAACUGGCUUCCAAUCCUUCACCCUCACUCUGACUCUCUCUCUCUCUCUCUCUAACUCUCUUUCAUUCUCGAUGCGCCUUCUGUUUGAGUGCACCCUUCAAAUCAGCAAUGUUAGAAGUUUUUUGUAAAUAACUAAAAGAGAAAGCAAUGCCGCAACAAACGUAAGACAACUUUUUUUCAACAGAUAACUGUUUGUAAAUAAUUAUUUCUUAAAAUAAUAAUGAACAAGCAAUUGAAGCGCGUUUGGGCAAUGAACAGUUGAAGACAGAGAGCAAAUGAAAAGCGCGGUCUGUUGCAGACUUCAACACUCGCAUGUGUUUAUGUAUAUAUACGUAUGAUUGAGAUACAUAUAUUUAGUUGCCAUUUUGUUCGUAUUUUAAUACAAAAUGUACAAAUAAAUUCUAACCGCUGGAUAGGGAUUGAAAGACGACUGACUCUAUGCUACAAAGCACCAAGCCCACCACCGCGGCAGUUGCGUAGUGAAUAUGGGCGAAAGAAUAGAGAAUGAAAAAAGAGGAUACUAAAAUUUUAACUGCAAAAAUUUUUAUAAACACAAAAACGCAGAACGAAUGAAACUAAAAUAGAAAAAAAGAUAAAAUUAAAUUAAAAUUACAAUGUUGGUAAGAGCAAAGUAAAAGGAGAAGAGAAAUUCAUUAUUAAACUACAUACAUAUACAUAUAUUUUAGAUUAAAAAUUUUAAUAACCA